UGUUUUCUCUUUUCAUUCUCAAAACCCAUAUGGCCUGUUUACACACAAUGUACAACUCAGAGCACAAGGGUCAGUACUGCAAUGGUGGCAGUAGUGGUGGUGGUGCUCCAAUGAGCCCUAGGAUUUCAUUCUCUAAUGAUUUUGCUGAUGCACAACAUGUGAUCAAGUAUGAGAGGAGCUCAAGGGAGGCACCAGUGUCUUCAGACUUUGAGUUCUCAGUGAGCAACUACUCCAUGAUGAGCGCUGAUGAGCUUUUCUCCAAGGGGAGGUUGCUGCCUUACAAGGGCAGCAACAAGUGCCAGGUGCAGAGGGGUGCUACUACCACUCUUAGAGAUGAGCUUCUUGUGGAGGAUCGGGAGGACGACUUGUCGUCUCCUAAGCCGCCCAAGGGGUCUUCCACGAGGUGGAAGGGGCUUCUGGGCCGGAAGAGGACUGCCCACAUUGGUUCCAAGAGAGCAGAGAAAGCUAGUGAAGGGUCUUCUAAAGAAGAAAGGAGGUCUGGUCUUGUGCAUGAGAGUUCAUCACAGGAGGUGUUGAAUGAAGGAGGGUCAAGUUGGAGGGGGUUUGAGAUUGGAAUAUAAUGGUGGCAAUGAGUAAUGUUAGGGUGUGCUAAUGAAUUUGUAGAGGUGUGGGCGUAAUGUAUCUUUUUAAUUGGAUUCUG